AUGACCGGGCUUCGUCGUGUCACUUUGGGCACUUGGAUUCUUCAGAUUAUAUUCGCCAUUGUGGUCCUGGGACUAUGUACCGAUCUGAUGAACACCCAACGACGAGGCGAGCCACCGAUAACUACGAAGUACGGCGUCUUCGCUGGUGUCUUUGGCCUCGUCGCCGCCGUACUCGGGCUGGUUGCUCUUUUCGUCGACGCCAUCCCAGCCAGUAUGGUUGUGUUCCUUGACGCAGCCAGCGCCCUUAUUUUCCUAGCAGGCGGCAUCGCCUAUACUGUGGGACUGAAAGGAAUAAGGUGCGAGUUCGAGGAUAAUAAGAUGGCCGAGAAGCUGUACGAACACUCUCUUGUAGGCCUGGACGUUUCUACGGAUGUUUUGAGCAACUGCAGAAAGGCAACAGCGAGCCAGGCGAUGCAGUUUGUGACUUCCGCGGUGGCUCUCAUCACGGUCUCCCUCGGCUUCCUGGCCCAAAGAGAUCGCCAGCUUGGAAAUCAGAGGCGAGCUCAUGUUUGA